AUGGCGUCGUCGAAGAUGAUUGCGCUCGCGCAGAAAAUCGCCUCUGAGACGGAGAAGGUCGAGGCCUACUUCAAAAAUAAUGACCUUCUAACUCCAAGCUUCGACGCAGACGCGCCCGGUGACUUUCCUAUUAUGCCGGAUGAUGUUUCUAGAAGCCGUAGAGAAGUCAUUCACGCUACCCAGGAGCUACAUGAUCUUAUGGUCGGACCCCGAGAGUCGGUUCGAUGGAUGGCUUGGGAUGUAACAACACUUGUACCCCUUGAAGGUUCCAUCACGCUCUCAGAACUCCAGGCCAAAACUUCUCUUGACCCGAUCAACCUCGCCCGCUUGCUGCGACAUGCUAUGACGAACCAUGUAUUCCAGGAACUAAAGCCAGGCGUGAUCGCGCAUACAGCCGCAUCAAGACUACUAGCCGAGGAUCAAGAUCUCCAGGCCUGGGUGAUAUUCAAUACAGAGGGUGUUUACCCGGCAUCCGCCCAAGUGGUCAAAGCUCUAAGGGCGUACCCCGAAGCGACGAGCCUUACCCGCACCGGAUUCAACUUCGCCUUCGAUACAGUUGAUCUAGAACCUGUGUUCGUUACAGUUGGAAAGGAACCCAAGCGCGCCGAGCGCAUGGCACGAGCUAUGAACAGCCUCACGGGAGGUGAGGGAUACGAACUAUGGUACCUAUCAGAGGGCUGCGAUCUAACAGACGUGGACGCCCGCGGCGGAACUCUGGUCGACGUAGGAGGUAGUCAUGGCUUCGUGGAUGUGCAUCUGGCUAAGGUGUACAAAAAUAUCAAGUUCGUGGUACAGGACCUCCCUAGUACCGUCGAGAGCGCGCCGAAGCCCAUAUGCGCAGACGUUAAGAUCGCUAAGCGCAUCCAAUUCCAGGCGCACGACUUCUUCACAGAGCAACCCAUCCAUGGCGCUGAUGUGUACUUCUUCCGCUGGAUCAUGCACAACUAUUCGACGCCUUAUGCCGUCCAGAUCCUCCGUAACUUAAUUCCGGCACUAAAACCCGGCGCUCGAAUCAUCAUCAACGACCACUGCCUCCGAGAGCCUGGCACAGAAAACCCUUGGGAUGAGCGCCUAAUAAGAAGCAUGGACCUCGUCAUGAUGAGCUUGCUGAACGCACAGGAGCGUGGGGAAGAAGACUUCAAACAGCUAUUCGAGAUGGCUGGAGAUGGUUUCGUCUUCAAAGGCGUCACCAGACCGAAGGGUUGCCGCAUGAGCAUCAUCGAGGCAGUGUGGCAGCCAGAUGAAGUCGACCAGGCCUCGGCGACAGAGAGUCUUUCUGGACUUACACUUACGUAG